CGCCUGCGCACUGCCGUGGCGCCCGGAGGCGGUGGCAGGUCCGCCGGCUCGUGUGGAGAGUAGUUCCUCAUCGCUCCUCCGGGACUCGCCACCAUGAGCAGCACUUUAGCCAAGAUCGCGGAGAUCGAAGCCGAGAUGGCUCGAACUCAGAAGAACAAGGCCACAGCACACCACCUAGGGCUGCUUAAGGCUCGUCUUGCUAAGCUUCGCAGAGAACUGAUUACUCCAAAAGGUGGUGGUGGUGGUGGGCCAGGAGAAGGUUUUGAUGUGGCCAAAACAGGUGAUGCUCGAAUUGGAUUUGUGGGUUUUCCAUCUGUGGGGAAGUCAACACUGCUCAGCAAUCUGGCGGGGGUAUAUUCCGAGGUGGCAGCCUACGAGUUCACUACUCUGACUACUGUGCCUGGUGUCAUCAGGUACAAAGGUGCCAAGAUCCAGCUUUUGGAUCUCCCAGGUAUCAUUGAGGGUGCCAAGGACGGCAAAGGUAGAGGCCGUCAAGUCAUUGCAGUGGCUCGAACCUGUAACUUGAUCCUGAUUGUUCUGGAUGUCCUGAAACCCUUGGGACAUAAGAAGAUAAUUGAAAACGAGCUGGAAGGCUUUGGUAUUCGCUUGAACAGCAAAGCCCCCAACAUUGGCUUUAAGAAGAAGGACAAGGGAGGCAUUAAUCUCACAGCCACCUGCCCUCAGAGUGAGCUGGAUGCUGAAACUGUGAAGAGCAUUCUGGCUGAAUACAAAAUUCAUAAUGCCGAUGUGACUCUGCGAAGCGAUGCCACAGCUGAUGACCUCAUUGAUGUGGUGGAAGGAAAUAGAGUUUAUAUCCCCUGUAUCUAUGUGUUAAAUAAGAUUGAUCAGAUCUCCAUUGAGGAAUUGGAUAUCAUCUAUAAGGUACCUCACUGUGUACCCAUCUCUGCCCACCACCGCUGGAAUUUUGAUGACCUGUUGGAAAAGAUCUGGGACUAUCUGAAACUAGUGAGGAUUUACACAAAACCCAAAGGCCAGUUACCAGACUACACAUCCCCGGUUGUGCUGCCUGACUCCAGGACCACGGUGGAGGAUUUCUGCAUGAAGAUUCACAAAAAUCUUAUCAAAGAAUUUAAAUACGCUCUGGUCUGGGGUCUGUCUGUGAAACACAAUCCUCAGAAAGUGGGUAAAGAUCAUACAUUGGAAGACGAGGAUGUCAUUCAGAUUGUGAAGAAGUGAAACCUUCCCCUUUUCCCACUGCCGGGCCAGCGCAGCAGCAUUCCCCAUGACCAAGCACCCUGCCCCAAACCCCUUCUUGGCUUUGGCAGCUGCUGGAUCAGGAUUCAGGGGGAGGGAGAUGGAAGCACCCAAAUUGGAACUUCACUUUUCUUAUCUUGGUGUCACCUUGUAUGUUGAACUGCAUAAAGGACCCGGUCUGCUGGCUGGUUGCGUGCAGCUCAUGUGUCAGUAUGAGGAUUCCUUUUGGGAUGGACUCUAAGGGGAGGGUACGUACGUUGAAGCAGCUGCAGAAGGGGCAUUUGGGAGCUUAUUCUUGAGCGUGAAAUGGAUAUAAAGGUGCCAUAAAAAUAUAUAAAACCAAACCUAUUGCCGUCAAGUCGAUUCCGACUCAUAGCAACCCCUAUAUGCAACAUCCUAAAUGAUUAGUCAUGGGAAGCUCUUCCAAUGGGAUGUGACCUUCAGUUGUUUCGAAUGAGGUCUCCCAUGUGAGGCUGGAGAGAGGAAAGAUUUGAUGAAAGUUAACUGAUUAUUCCUUACAAGGGUAGCCCAUUUUGGGAGAGAGUGUAGUGUGGCAGUUGAAUAAAGUACCCUGACCAGAGAGGAUUUGAAUUGCAGGCCCACUUCUAAUUAUCUGAACAAGUUAUUCAACUUUUUUUGAGCCUCAUGUUUCCUAAUGUAACAUGGUUAUAGUAACAGUACUUACCGCCUAGGGUGAUGAUGAUUAGUGUUAAGGGAGACGGUAUUGGUAAAUUACUUAGCAUAGCACCUCACACUUUGUAAAUGUUGGCUCUUGUCAUUGGUCCUUUCCCUUCUUGGGCUCCCUGCCUGCUUUAGUGAGAGCAGAGCUGUACAUCAGGAAUGUUGAGCUGAGCCAUGCUGCCAACCAAACCACUAAGGGUCUCUUUGCUGCUUGAACUCCCAUGGCAGUCUUACGCUGAACCACAUAACCUGGGUGAAGGCAGGGAGGCAGAACACUGCAGGUAAGGCAUCCAGUGUGAUCAGAGCAGAAGAUUUAUGUGUACACAUAUGUAUAUGUGUGGAGAUAGGAGGUUAGGUUAGGAGGAGUGGGAUCAGGAUUAUUUGAGAGAGAGGGUACUAAGGACAUUAUCAGAGGUUUUGGGGACCAGGAAUAAGGGGAUUGCUCUGACAGUGGGAAACUAGUUUGCAAAAUUCUUGGUGUGGUAGGCUGAGCUAGUGAGAAUAUGGGCAGAGACAGGCUGUGAGCGCAUGGGGACAAAGGAGAAAUCUAAACUUGGUAAAAGACUGACUUGUUCUUUGGAGGAAAUGAAAUCAAAGAUUAUUAUCAUCCCUGAGAUCCAUACUGAAAUAGAGUAGGGUGAAAAAAAAAAACCCAUAUUGC